CAUUAAUUUGUGAAAAUGAAAAAUGUCUCGUUCUUUCAGCUGCCUCCUUCAGGAAAUCGACCCAGUGGAGUAGAAAAGUUUUUGAAAAGAUCCCUGGCCGAUUUGCAAUUGGAUUAUUUGGAUCUUUAUUUGAUCCACACGCCUUUUACGUUUGAAGAUAUCGAAGGCGAUUUGCACCCAGUGAAUGAAAAUGGAGAAAUAAAAUUGGACCUGACAACGAAUCAUCUCGCUGUUUGGGCAGAAAUGGAAAAACAAGUCGUCGCUGGCAGAACUCGAGCUAUUGGCGUGUCCAAUUUCAAUAUUGCCCAAUUAACAAAAGUCCUCAAUUUUGCCACGGUUCCUGUUUCCAAUAUCCAAGUUGAACUGCACCUCUAUUUCCAGCAAAAGGAACUUGUUGAAUUUUGCAAAAAGAGGGGAAUCGCAGUGACUGCUUACUCGCCUUUGGGAUCCAGAGGCUUCGUCGAACUUUUGGGUAAAACUGACGUACUUCCUGAUCUGCUAUCAAAUCCAGUAGUUCUCGAAAUAGCGAAGAAGUACAACAAAUCUUCGGCUCAAAUAGUGCUGAGACACACUCUUCAAAAAGGCGUGGCAGCAAUUCCAAAAAGUACGAAUCCAAAAAGAAUUCAGCAAAAUAUUAAUCUUUUUGAUUUUGAACUUGAAUCCGGAGAAAUGGAAAAAUUGAACAAUCUCGAUCAGGGACCGAAGGGACGAGUCUGCGAUUUUGUUAGUUUCUUUAAAGGAGUCGCAAAACACCCUGAAUUCCCCUUUUAAGCUUUAUUAAUUUUCAUUCGUUUUCAUUUAUUGUAGUGUCGAUUUCCAAAAGAGUUGAGAUUCCUACAUGCAUGACUAAGUUUGUUACAUGUUGUUUCAUUAUUAUUAGUUGUAAUAAUAGAAAUAUAUUUCCUCGUUGUCAGUUAGUAAUAAAUACUUAUGAAUAUUUAAAAA